UAUGUUCAUUGGGAAGAUCUAUGGGAGUUCAUGGAUCUAUUUUUGAGCUCCUCAAGAGAUUUUUACAUGGAAAUUAUGAAAUGUGUUUUGCAAGAUGACUGGUACAGUCAGCAUAGCGUCAGGCAAACCAGAUCAACUAGUUGCUCCGAUUCCUGUGUAAGCACUCUCGGUUUGGCGUGGAGUUAUGGGGUGACUGCUCAUUCGACUUGAUGAAAAAGCCAUGGAUGUGAACUACUCCACGGUCCUGGACAGCAGUGUGUCGCAGCGCAAUUCAUCAAAGCGAGUUCUGACUGGUUGUUUUCUCUCGCUCCUCAUCCUGACCACGCUACUGGGCAACACUUUGGUCUGUGCUGCUGUUACAAAGUUUCGCCACCUGCGCUCAAAAGUCACCAACUUCUUUGUUAUAUCGCUGGCUAUUUCUGACUUGCUGGUGGCCAUUUUGGUGAUGCCAUGGAAAGCAGCCUCUGAGAUUGUAGGGUUUUGGCCAUUUGGCGCCUUCUGCGAUGUUUGGGUGGCCUUUGACAUCAUGUGUUCCACAGCCUCCAUCUUGAAUCUGUGCGUCAUCAGCGUGGACCGCUACUGGGCAAUUUCUAGCCCGUUCCGCUACGAGCGCAAGAUGACACCCAAGGUGGCAUUCAUCAUGAUAAGUGUGGCGUGGACGCUGUCCAUCCUUAUCUCCUUCAUCCCUGUGCAGCUAAACUGGCACAAAGCCCAGGCAGAGCUGAACGGCACCUACGGCGAGCUUCCUCCAGACAACUGCGACUCCAGCCUUAAUCGGACCUAUGCCAUCUCUUCUUCCCUGAUCAGUUUUUACAUUCCUGUGGCCAUUAUGUUGGUCACUUACACCCGCAUCUAUCGCAUUGCCCAGAAGCAGAUACGUCGAAUCUCGGCACUAGAAAGAGCGGCUGAAAGUGCCAAGAACCGCCACAGUAGCAUGGGUAACAAUGCCAGUAUGGAGUCUGAAAGUUCCUUCAAGAUGUCCUUCAAGCGUGAAACCAAAGUCCUUAAGACCCUAUCGGUCAUCAUGGGCGUUUUUGUAUGCUGCUGGCUGCCCUUCUUUGUCUUGAACUGCAUGGUUCCUUUCUGUAACCCUAACGAGAGCUCGGACUUCUUCUGCAUCAGUUCCACCACCUUCGAUGUCUUUGUGUGGUUUGGUUGGGCCAACUCCUCACUCAACCCCAUCAUCUAUGCCUUCAAUGCUGACUUCCGAAAGGCAUUCUCCAUCCUGCUGGGCUGCCAUCGACUUUGUCCGGGCAGCAACGCAAUAGAGAUUGUGAGUAUCAACAACAACGGUGGCCCUCCGUCUACUUCUCAGUAUCAGCCUAAGGGCCACAUCCCUAAGGAGGGCAAUAACAGCAACUAUGUAAUCCCUCACAGUAUCCUCUGCCAGGAGGAGGAGAACCAGAAGAGAGAGGAUGACUCUGGUAUUAAAACCUUUGAGAAACUGUCACCUUCCAUGUCAGGCAAUUUAGAUAGCGAUGCGGAUGUCUCGCUGGAAAAGAUAAACCCCAUAACAAAAAAUGGGCAGCACAAAUCCAUAACCUGCUGAGCACUUGGUGAGAUCUGACCCCAAAAAAUAAUCCUUGUUUCUAUACAAUACGGAAUCCAAAAAAGCUUCACUGAGGACCUUAAAAACAUUUCUUGGACUAAAUGAAACUUGCAGAAAACAAAAGAAUGUUCCAAUUGAAGGCACUUUAUGCUGGAUAACUAUGUGCAAAAUAUUCAGAGGAUUUAUUAUUGAUGUUAACAGGUUAGUUGUCUCAAGACAUAAAUGGAAAGUAAUGUGAAUAAACCAUGUAUGCAUAUGUAUACAUGUUAUGCAUUUGAAAUGUGUAUACAUGCGCACGCCCAUGUGGUUGUUGUAGAACUGCUGUUGUUAAUAUAAGGACAAGAAUAUAAGAGUUAAAACACUAGUAAAAUAUCUUGUAGGUGAGUUUAUGUAAACGGCUUACGAGUAGAGAAAUUUGGCUGCGUCUACAGUUGACGAUGAAAUGUACAUAGUGUUGUUUGUAUUUUUUUCACCAUUUAUCAGAGUUGGCUAAGUCAGCAUCUCCUUGCGCUGCUAGUUGUGAAAUUGUAUGUGCAAACCACCCUAUAAUGUAACCUGAGAGCAGUAGCUUUUCUCAUCCUAGUCUUCUACCUGUGCAUUGGUGUGAUGUCAAAAGGAGGAGCAGUGUAUUUUUCUGCUAUCUGAUUUAUCAGCUGUGGAACUGGCCAAAAUAUUUGGAUGUAAUUUUGAUGUCAAAGACCCCUUUCCUUACCCAACCCAACCGCUUUCCUCACCAUCAACCCUUCACUGUCAUAGCACAGGGAAAAAAUGAUCCUACUGGUAAUCUCAUCAGUCAUUACCUACAAUUCGAUUGUCAUUAUUCUCAUGCUUUUUAAAAGGCAAACAUGUUUUAUUUUAAACCCUGUGCGUAAGAGACCUGCCGGUGUACUUUUAUCCAUCACGGUGUAUUUAAAUGAUAGAAGAAGCCUCAUAUGGAUCCUAGUUCUGAUUUUCCUUCUUUGAUUCCAUCCACUCUAAAUGUAAAAACAUAGUUUCAGGCACCAUGGCUGCCUUUAAACAGUUUCUUUUGCCAACUAUGUGGAUGAACUUUGUUCUAGGACAGUGUGAAAUACCGCUAAUGGAUAACAAAAAAAUUUAAUUACUGUAUCUUAUGCAACGCAUCUGUCCGGCUACCCAUAAACAUGUUGUCCUUUCCAAAAACACCAUAAGAAGCUCUGUGUAGGUCAUUCUAGAGCCUCAAAGCAUAUCCAGGAUGAAAACCAUCUUGCAUCAUGCAUAUAGUUAUUGUUUAGAAUCCAGCCCCUGAACUGUCAUGUCAGCUGUCAGAAUCUGUGGUGUAUGAACUGCCGUCCCAGUUUUAAUAAUUUGUUGAGCUGUUUUGUUGGGUUAUGCAACUGCCCUUGAUCUAAGUUAAUUCCAGGGCCUACCAUCCGGUCAGCGCUUCCCAUAAACAUCGGGUAUUGACCGAACUGAUACGCAUGAGCUUGUUCUCAGAGUGCAUUCGAAAAAAAAAAAAAAAACACAAGCAAGAUGCGAACCACAACAAAAUGACUACUGUAAAUCAAUCAAGGUAGCUUUUAGAUCACUAUGCCCCUUUAGAGCUGAUCGUAUAAACCCAUUUACUUAACACUGUCUCUCAUAACUCACAUAGUUCAUGUUGACUCUAAAGAGAAAGUCUCUCAUAUUUCGCCUUCAAUUAUACCCUGUGCCAAAAUGCUGAGGACAUCAUGAACAGCGGCCUUUGCCAGCUUCCUUCUCACUUAGCCUAAUGUUCUCCUUCUCUCUAAAAGCUUGACAGAAUGAACUACAACCGCUCUGUAUGUCUGACUCCAAACUAACUGAAUGGAGUAAAUAUGUACGUGCGACUUGGAUAGCUUGAAGAGAGAGACUAGAUGAACAGAGACUUCAGUACACAUAUUUGUCUAAAAUUGGACAUCUGCUCCAGGGAAUUUUCCAAAAGACUCUGUUUACUUAUCUGCCUGUCAUGGACCCGUUCUUCGCAAUGCUGCUAUGGAAAUAUACAAUAUACAAAUAGCACUAAUAUUUAAUAUAUAUGCUAAUAUUUAAGAUGGUUGGUUUCAGCAGCAUUUAGUUAAGCAACAUCAGAUUUAUUCCCUCAAAUGAGGAGAUUAGCAUUUAAAAUGGACUUCUGUGGCAUUUUGAAAAGUCCCAGUUGAUGCUUUUACUGCAAAUGCUAAGGUAUUCCCAGAAAUGCUGGGGAAUCACGGGUGGUCCCUAAUUAGAAGUAAAUAAAAUAACAGUGCGUCAAGUGUCUUUUUUUUUUUUUUUUUUUUUUUAACCAAAUAUUACACGUUUAUCUUUUGAUUUUGCAGGUUUUGUUGUAUGUACUUAGACAAACCAGUGAUUUCAGGUUGAGAGCUGUUGUGUUCUGUUCCUUUCAGAGGAGGUUGAAAAUGACAACUGGUGACAAUGGCAAGAGCUUAUGAUACUGUGUGACAGUGGCAGCACAAACCCUGGAUCAUAACUUUAUCAGCUGCAUUGUACCACUAUUCAUUCCAAGGUGAUACAACCUUAACCUCAGAUGCUCAAUGAAUUAGCGCAUUGUAACAUUAACAGACCAACUGUUAUAAGAUGUUAAAAUAGAAAUGUGAAAACAAGUGCUUUUUAUCUUUAAGUCCUUAAUUAUGAGUAGAGAAAACAAAUGUAUGUGGUGUUUUCAUGUGGGUUUGUCAUGCAGUUAAAGCGCUGUGCUGGUUUCCGUGAUUCCAUUGCGUAGGAUGUGUUCCUGGAUUAACAUGUUUAGUUUUUCCUGGAACAACAUUCUUGCCCUGUCGUUAACAUGAACUACCCGCAAAACCAGACAGAAAUGAUUGGUUGAUAAUGUUUUUGAAUCCCCAACCCCAGCAGUGAAGGAAUAUUCUGGGUUCAGUACAAGUUCAAACAACCACAUAAAAUAAUUGUAUUCAUUUUAGAGUCAUUUUAGGGUUUAUGGUAUUGUUGUGAUGACAAAACAGUAAAUUUUGAUAUAAUUUUACUUAUAAAAAUUAUAGAUGUCCACUAAAAUCAUGCUUACAUGCAUAUUGUGACUGUAUUUACAGAUUGGCCCCAUUCAUUUCAACUUCUAUUCUUUC